GGUUCAUUUGAUCACUCACACUGCAAUAAAAGGCCGUGGCUCACCUCAUUAUACUCUUCUCUCACACAUACACACGACCUCCAGCUUCACGAUGCCGGCUGAUUUCAAUGGAACAUGGGAGAUGGUCAGCAAUGACAACUUUGAGGAUGUCAUGAAGGCUCUGGACAUUGACUUUGCCACCCGUAAGAUCGCAGUGCAUCUCAAGCAGACUAAGGUCAUUGUGCAGAACGGAGACAAAUUCGAGACCAAAACACUCAGCACCUUCAGAAACUAUGAGGUCGAUUUCACCAUCGGGGAGGAGUUUGAGGAGCGCACAAAAGCCCUGGACAACAGAGUUGUUAAGACCCUGGUGAUAUGGGAGGGUGAUAAACUGGUGUGUGUGCAAAAGGGAGAAAAGGAGAACCGUGGCUGGAGGCAAUGGAUUGAAGGAGACCUGCUUCACUUGGACAUCUACUGUCAGGACAAACUCUGCCAUCAAGUCUUCAAGAAGAAAAACUAAUACUCCAUAAAUAACUGGAUAUUCCCACCUGGGUUAGGUGUUAUGCUGUGUAUAUUUAUUAAAUCAAUUUUAAUGAACAGCUUCAACCAAAUACACUAAUUGGUGCUCCAUGUUUGAGAAUUUCUUUAAAGCAAAUAAAGGUUUCUGAUAA